GAAGUUUAGACAGUAGCAACGGAAUUAUAAAACGGAUUAUUGGCUGUAAAGCAAACGGAAAAAAGGAUAUAACUAAGCAGUCAAGACAUUUUAAAUUAACGUACAAUUUUACCCUAAAUGAUCCUCUUAAGGAUCAUUUGAAAUUCGAUUGGAAAUACAAAAGAAAAAUUUAAUUAAUCACCCCAACAAAAUACUCAACAAAAAUAGUGCAACAACAUGCUUAAAUACACCUGGCAUGUGGCAGUCGUAACAAUAAUUUUCUGUUGGCUUCAAACGUCGGUUGUGGCACGCAGUGCUUCAAGUUCAAGUUCGUCACACACGUCGCAACAUGCAAACAGCAUUGCUGACGACCCAGAGGGUCAAUCGCAAACAACCCAAGCAGGCGGCGCAACAACUACAGCAAAUGUCUGGAAGGAUCUUUCAAUGGUUUAUCGGCUGUAUCAGCAAUGUGCGGCUGAAAAUCUAUCCGUCUGCCUCAAAGUUAAAUUGUUAACCGGUCUAGAGAAAGUUCAACGUUCAGCUAAGAAAUUGAAAAUAAUGGAAGGUAUACAAUUUGUGAAGGCCGAUGAUUCGGAAGAGCCGACUAAGCCGUUACUAACUGAGGCAGAGCUAGAGGCAAAUUUGCCCAGGGCCUUGGAUGCCAAAGAACAAGUUUUGACAAAUUUAAUUGUUAAGAAUAUUGCCGGUUUCUUGCAGCGCCAUACAUUACAGAUAAGAUUCCCUGAUGUGCGACCGGAUGAUUCGAUUUCGGGCAACACUGUGGAGAGUCGUAAAAAGAAGGAUAAAAAAGGUGGCGGAGCUUACAUUAUGAUUCCAUUGCUAUUGGGUGGUACCUUCGUGCCCAUUGCCUAUGGUGCCUUGGCCAUGCUGGCCGGUAAAGCUUUAAUUGUUUCCAAACUGGCCCUGGUAUUGGCCUCGAUUAUCGGCAUAAAGAAACUGCUCAGCGGCGGAGGUAAGGAAUCAUCGCACGAAGUUGUAGUCUCAUCCGGCGGACAUUCUGGUUGGGGACGUGACUUUGAUUUGGCCUAUAGUGCUUGGAAACCAUAUAAGGAUGCGAAAAAGACAGUUUAAAAUCAACAAGCGCAAGCGUUGGAGUGGCAAAUUGUUUAGCAAAAGAAUCAGUCAUUUAUGUUAAUUCCAUUAAAACACGGUUUGAUUUCAAAGAAAAGAUAAUAACAAAAAAAGUAAAAAAAUAGAAAAAAGUCAAUUGGAAUAACUUACUUGCUUAGUCCUUAAAAUAGUGUGUGUUUAGUUGUUAAGUUAAAUUAAAGUUUUUUGUUUUAUUUACAUAGUUUUAAGGCUUAAGAUCAAUAAACCAAAAAUGAAGUUUUUGAAAGCA